AUGGACGCUGCUAGUUGUGGGCCUUCUAGCGCUCUUCAAAAUCUUAGUAAACAUACUCAAAGGGACACAUCGCUUCAGCAUCAACGACAUGGUGGACCCUCAUUCCAGCAACAGGGACAGGGACAGGGACCGCACCUGUUUCGUCAGGGUCAACAACGUAUUGACCAGAACUUGAAUCAAGAGUUUCAACAGUUCAAUAGUGGAGGCCAUUAUAAUCAAGUACCUCCGGUAAUAGAUCGAGUGGGGUUAGCUCCUAAUGCAAUACAGCAGCCCCGAGGGCAACCGCAAGGGUUUCAACCAACUCUACAUCGACCACCACCACCACCACCACAACAACAACAACAACAACAACAAUUUCAAUACCAGCAAAGUCAAAAAGGAUGGGUUGAUGAUUUUUCGAAAAUGAAUAUCCACAACCAACAACUGAUGGUACAGCAAAGAAACAGCUGGGGUCAGGAAUUCCAGCAGAAUCAUCAGCAUGCUCAACAAGUUUCUCAUCAUCACCAACAACAACAACAACAACAGCAACCACAGCUAAUGCAGAAUCGGUACAUUGGCUCCUCAUAUGGAGGUGGGAUGAUGAACAUGCAACGACCAAUGACGAUGGGGACAAAUACUGCAUCGCCGCAAUUUCAUCAACAAUCAGAACACCAACAAGUGCAUAAAUUGGAGGAUCAAGAAACGCAACUUGAGAGUGAAUUUGACGCAGUUGAGAAGGAGUUACAAGAAGUUGAAUCUUCGAUGCAAGAAACAAAUCUGCACGAUAAGGACUUGUUUGCUCAAACAGCGCGAAAAGUUGAGAGCUCGAUGAACUCUUUGAACACUACUGAUGCCGAAAUGAAGUCUAAAUUUGAAAACUCCGAGUUUUUGAAAUUAAUGAACAGAGUGGCAAAUAAACAAGUUGAACUACAAGAUGAUAAGCUUGUUGAUGUAGAAGGAGAAGGAAAAGAAAAAGGAGAAGAAGAACAUAAAUUGGAAAUUGAUAAUUCUGAUGGUUUGCAGCAACAGGGUGUCAGGAAUACCGAUGCGGUAGACUAUCAUGACCCUAUGCACCAAACUGCGGAUUUCAACGAUUGGGAUAACGAUCUUAUCCCCAACUAUCCACCACCACUACCACAACAACAACAACAACAACAGCAAAAAAGGCAACAGCGGUCACACCAUUCGUCUCAUGCGUCAUCAUCAUCACCACCACCACCACCAGCAGAGUCCAAAAAUAAACUUCCUGAUCCAUUGGCACAUUUGGGUGAUGGUCUGUUGGAAGGUGUGAUUGACCCAUUAGCAGCAGCAAGGAUCAUCAGUGGUGGCCAAGUACAGACCGAGGACUGGGUGGAUAGUGAUAGCCACACAGACUGGUUAUCACUGGACACUCCAACAAUCAGACCACAAGUGAGACCAUGGAGAAAAGGUCAAAUUGUGGAUCAUCAUUGGGAUGAAAUGUACCGCGAUUACAGAAAUGACGAUGACUUUCACUGA